CUGGUCAGUUACUACAUGGAUGCUCAACAGGUGAAAACAACCGUGAAGUGUUUGUGACUAAGGAAAAGCUUAGAAAGGAUUUAUUUUUUUCUGGAAAAAAAUAAAGGUGUAUAUUCCCAAUUAUCCACAUUUGGAUUACUAAAAUUAGUUAAAGUGUAGUGAAAAGCUGAGGAUAUUUUUCCAACAUCUAAAGGAAGGUGUACAGCAGCCGUAAAAGAUGGGAACGCUGCCUCAAUUGUCAAUUCUAAAGGGGUCCCAGAAGUCGCGAGAUGUGCAACUAUUGCAUAAAAUUUUUGAAGAAAAAGUCGAUCAAGGAUGUGGCAACAAAACAGCAAUUAUAUUCAAUGUGGACCAUUUGAAUGAGAGACGAAUUAAUUACAAUACUCUGAAUUCAAGUGCAAACCGUCUUAGUGCUACAAUUCUUCACAGUAUUCACGAGAGGCAUGAGAAAGUGCAUGGUAAUCAGGAUGGUGACUGGCCAAUUGUCGUUUGCAUGUCACCAUCGGACAACUUGAUAGCCACCCUCCUGGCCAUAUGGAAAUGUGGGGCUGCUUACCUGCCCAUUGAUCCGUCAUUCCCACAAAAUCGCAUUCAGCACAUCCUUGAGGAGACAAAGCCGGUGCUAAUCAUUCACGACACUGACGUGUCCACAGAAGUAUUUGGAAAAAAUCCCGCCGUGUCUUUUGAUGCACUAAAGAGGCAAUCAACAGAAUUCAGCAAUGCCAAUAUUAGAGACGAUGCUACACUUUCUGGUGCUGAUACCGAUCCCACCGCUAUUAUUCUCUAUACAUCGGGAAGCACUGGAAUUCCAAAAGGAGUUCGUUUACCUCAUUCAGUUAUUGGAAAUCGUCUAACGUGGCAGUGGGAUGAAUUCCCAUAUUCACCCACUGAGUCCGUUGGGGUUUUCAAAACUGCCCUUACAUUUGUGGAUCAUAUUUCUGAGAUAUGGGGUCCUCUGCUCAAUGAAAUGGCCUUGCUUUGCAUCACAAAGGAAUCCACGAAGAAUCCAGAGAAGCUGGUGCAGUUGCUUGAGGAGCAUAAAGUUGAACGAUUGGUAUUGGUUCCUACACUCCUUAAAUCUAUCCUAAUGUACCUGGGCCUGCAGAAGGGUAGCCGAAAACUCUUGCAGAAACUGAGAAUUUGGGUAUGCUCAGGAGAGACGUUGUCAGUAUCACUGGCACGAGAAUUUUUUGAUCACUUUGAGGAAGGAUCCCAUGUCCUUUGUAAUUUCUACGGAUCAACUGAAAUCAUGGGAGAUGUGACUUAUUUCAUCUGCGACAGUAAAAAAGCCCUUCAGACCAUGGAGAAGAUUCCCAUUGGGUAUCCAAUUGAUAAUACUGUUCUGUAUCUUCUGGACACGGAAUUCCGCCCUGUGACUCUGGGAGAGAUAGGGGAGUUGUUUGUAUCGGGAAUGAAUCUUGCACGAGGCUAUGUGAACAACCGAGAUGCUCAUCGAUUUAUUGAGAAUCCCCUGGCUGUGGAUCCCAAAUAUUCCCGUCUCUUCAGGACUGGUGAUUUCGGACGGAUAGAGAAAUCUGCACUGAUCUUCGAAGGUCGAACAGAUUCACAGAUAAAAAUUCGAGGGCAUCGUGUGGAUCUCACAGAAAUUGAGAGGCAUCUCCUGAGUCUGCCGGAAGUGGACAAAUCCUUUGUGCUGUGCUACAAACCUGGUGAAAUCGAUCAGACUGUGGUGGCCUUCACGCUGCUAACCACGGAGGCAAAGUCCCAGAAAACACUUGGAAUGCAGAUUGAGUCGAAGUUGCUUGAAGUCUUACCUAGCUACAUGGUACCACAAGUUGUGAUUAUUGAUGCAGUUCCGCUGCUGGUGAAUGGAAAAGUUGACCGGCAGUCAUUGAUAAGGCAAUAUGAGAAUACAAACAACAACGAUGACUCCAAUGUCAUUGUCGAUUACGACUACAGUGGUGUUCCGGAAGAUCAGCUGAAAGUGGCCAAAGAUCUCUUCGAGACAAUUGGAAGUGUUAUUGGACGAUCUACUAGGACAACUCUUGCACUGCAUAGCAAUUUCUACGAGCUGGGAGGCAAUUCCCUAAACUCCAUCUUUACUGUUACACAGCUCAGGGAUAAGGGAUACAACAUUGGGAUCACAGAAUUUAUUGCAGCAAAGGAUCUCGGAGAGAUUCUGCAAAUUCUGCAUGAAGGUGUAACACAGGAAAUCUCCAAGAUUAACCCGAAGAUAAUUGAAGAGAGCCAGCAGUGGAAACUUACAGCUACUCCACUCAAUGAUACCCACAGAGCAGAUGUGAUUGAAAUAAUAACAUCGAGUUUCUACGAGAAGGCAGAUUUGGAGCAGUGGCUAAAACCAAAUAUUCUUAGGACGGAUUAUCGUGAUAUUCUGGAAUUAAUCUGGGAUGUUCUUGUUGAGAAAGAUCUAAGUUUUGUGGUGACAAAUGAGCAGAAUGAGACUGUUGGAGUGGCUCUAAAUUUCGAUGCCAGAGACGAACCCGAAGUGGCAGUUACGAAUCUACUGAUAAUUGUAUUUGAGUUCCUGGAGUUUGUUGAGGGUCCAAUCAGAGACACUAAACUCCCUCCUGGCAAAAAUGUGAUCCUCCAUUCGUUCAUGAUGGGCACACAUGCUGAACUCAAUGCACAGGAGAAUAUUGCACUGAUUCAGUUUAUGGAGGAGGAAGUCAUCAAGGUGGCGAAGCGGAAGAAGUUCACAGGAAUCUUCACAACAAACACGAGUCCCUUGACACAGCAACUGGGAACUGUGAUGGGCUACCAGGAACUUCUGGACUACCAAGUAAAUGAAUACGUUUACACUGACGGAACACGACCAUUUGCCAAAGCUCCAAAUUCUCAAAGAGCGAUAGUUCAUUGGAAGCCAAUUUCUGACAAUUGAUUGCUUAUUCUGCCACAAAUUCGCAUUAUUGAUCAAGUUUAUGCAUUCCUUGAAGAUUUUAUAAAAUACCAUAUCAUGUGUGUAAUUAGAACAAAUAAGAAUUUAUUUUUAAGGUAGUUUUUUAAUGUAUCUUUUUUGAUGAAUUGUAGUUUAAUCUUGCAAAAUGUGAUGCUUCUAUGGAAUAAAGAAUUUGGAAAACUA